AUGACGAACGCACGAGGGAGCAACUCGGCCGCGUCGGCUAGCACCACCAACUCCCAAGGGGUUCUCAUGGUUGGGCCGAACUUCAAGGUUGGCAAAAAAAUCGGCUGUGGAAAUUUCGGCGAAUUGCGUCUCGGCAAGAAUCUGUACAACAACGAGCAUGUCGCGAUCAAACUCGAACCGAUGAAAAGCAAAGCGCCGCAAUUGCACCUUGAAUAUCGGUUCUAUAAGCUGUUGGGACAAGGAGAAGGACUCCCACAGGUCCACUAUUUCGGACCGUGCGGCAAAUAUAAUGCGCUUGUGAUGGAAUUGCUCGGGCAUUCGUUGGAAGACCUUUUUGAUCUUUGCGAGCGACAUUUCACACUCAAAACGGUUGCGAUGAUUGCGAUGCAAUUGAUUCGACGAAUAGAAUAUGUGCAUACGAAGCACUUAAUAUAUCGCGACGUGAAACCGGAAAACUUUCUCAUCGGUCGAUAUUCAACUCGAAAACAGCACUUGCUGCACAUUAUUGAUUUUGGACUUGCAAAAGAAUAUAUUGAUUGUGAUACGGGAAAACAUAUAGCGUAUCGGGAACACAAAUCACUGACGGGUACUGCACGCUACAUGUCGAUUAACACACAUCUCGGAAAGGAGCAAUCGCGGAGGGACGAUCUCGAGGCGCUCGGACACAUGUUCAUGUACUUCUUGCGCGGAAGUUUGCCGUGGCAGGGUCUCAAGGCUGACACACUUAAAGAGCGAUAUCAAAAAAUUGGAGACACGAAACGACAGACGGCCGUUGAAGUGCUUUGCGAAGGAUUUCCCGAUGAAUUUGCGCAAUAUCUUCGAUACUCUCGAAGACUUGACUUUUUUGAGACGCCCGACUAUGAUUUUUGCUAUAACCUAUUCAAAGCGGUUCUUGAUCGAUUAGGUGCUACUUAUGACUAUGAUUUUGAUUGGACACCGAAACUCAACAAUGUGUCGACAUCAUCUGGUUCACUUCAUACGUCAGAAUCGAAAGAUGUUAAACGAACAGACCGUGGAGAGCUUAAAGUUAGUCAGACAGCGGCUCAUACGCAAUUUGGUUCAACUCAGGUAAUAAAUUCGAAUACGGGUGAUGCGGUUGAAGAAGGCGGACGGAACGCUGAUCGUGCAGCCGCUGGUGACAAUCAGAGCGGUGAAGUGAAGUGUUGUUGUUUCCGGCGAAGACGAAGGAAGCAUAAUACAACGUCGGCGGUGGCUCAGAAAUAG